AUGGCCACCGACGACAUGUACGAGGGAUGGGUGGGCGAGGACAAGUCCUCCGCCGAGGGCAAGAUGGUCUGGAAGCAGUUCGUGCCCAAGGUGUGGGAGGAGACGGACGUCGAGAUCAAGAUCACGCACUCUGGCGUCUGCGGCUCCGACGUGCACACCUUGCGGUCUGGCUGGCGUGAUGUCCCGUACCCAAUCGUCGUCGGGCACGAAAUCGUCGGGGUCGCCAUCCGGGUUGGCUCCAAGGCGGAGGGAGACAUCAAGGUCGGCGACAUUGUGGGCGUCGGGCCCCAGGCCGAUGCGUGCCUCAACCGCGAUGCCGACUACUCGUGCGUGGAGUGCGCCGAGAAGAGCGAAAACUACUGCGCUCGCCGCAUCGUCACCUACGCGGGUAAGCACCGCAACGGCAGCAAGACGCAGGGCGGGUACGCGCUCUACCACCGCGCGCCCUCACACUUUGUCGUCAAGAUACCGACGGGUCUGGCGCCCGAGUUUGCCGCGCCCAUGCUCUGCGCCGGAGCAACCGUUUACGCGCCGCUGAAGCGGUUCCAUGCUGGGCCCGGCAAGAGGGUUGCUGUAGUGGGCAUCGGUGGCUUGGGGCACUUCGCCGUCUUGUUUGCCAAGGCGCUCGGGGCGGACGAGGUUGUCGGCAUCUCGAGGAAGGACGACAAGCGACAGGAUGCGUUGGACCUGGGGUGCGAUGGGUACAUUGCGACGGGCGCCGACCCCGACUGGGCCACCAAGAAUGCGCGCAAGUUUGACAUUAUUCUCAACACUGUCGCCUCGACCAAGAUGCCGUUCGCCGAGUAUCUCGGUCUCCUCCGGCUAGACGGCACUCUCGUGCAGGUCGGUCUGCCCGAGGGCCCAAUCCCGUUCAUGCCCUCAGGAAUGAACGGCGCCCGCCGCACGGUCGCCGGAACGUACAUUGGGUCCCCGAGUGAGAUGCGCGAGAUGCUGCAGGUGGCUCUUGAGAAGAACAUCAAGCCGUGGGUCGAACAGCGGCCGAUGAAGGACGCGAACAGCGCCAUCCUGGAUCUGGAGGCGGGCAAGCCGCGCUUCCGAUACGUGCUGGUAAACUAG